UUUGAAACUCGUAGCGACAACAUCUCUAUACAAACACACACAAAAACAUAGCUCUCACAUAUUAUAGCAGAAAUUUCCAAAAAAUAAAAAAAAAAUAAAUAUAAAACUGCCGUAUUUUUUUUUUUAACAUUUUUUGGCUUUUGAUAGUUUAUUGACAAACAAAAUGGAUCGCAUAUAUCAGCUGAUUCGCUUGCCGAGCAUUCGCCAAAACAUUGACGAUCACAAUCAGCAGGGAAUGGAGCUUCUGAGACGCCGCCAUCCACAGCUGGCCAUGUUGCUGGAUGCCCCCAACGAGCCGCCCCGCCACCUGGAGCCGUUGCCUGCGCCCGCUCCGCCAAUGCCACGUAAGAAGCGCAGCUUUCUGACCACCUCCCAGCCGUUCCGCAUCCAGACGAAUGUCAGCGAGCUGCAGCGCAAUGCCUGGCAGGCUCUGCAGGAUGUUCCCCCGGAGCAGCGGCGCGAUCGCUACGUCAAGUAUAUGUUGGAGCACAUGAACAGUCAGAACUAUCCGAAUGGCGAGGGCCUGCCCCAUCGCUGGGGUCAGUUCUGAUUGAGCAGAAGGCCGGCCGAGAACCACAGAAGACGACGACGACAACGACACCCCGAAAUGCAAUCCAAUCCAUUCAAAUAAAAAACAAAAUGUAAAAUUAUACAA